CAGAUUGUGUUACAAAACGCAAAACGCGACAAGCUUCAUUCGACCACCAUAUUAUCAGGUCUGGAAGCUAAAACGAAGCGUUUCUAUGAUGACGUCUAUAGCAACGACCAUCCGCCGAUAUGCUAAGAGUUAGAAUCUCCCACAAACAGAAUAAUUCAUAUCUCAUAGAAGCGGGACAUCGCCAUUUGUAUCGACAGGUACGAAUCACGUGCGGUUGCUCUCCAAGAUAAGAUAAAAAUAAAAAAGAAAUAAAUAAAUAAAGCUUGAUUUGGGAGGCAGUUAUCACUGAGUGAUCAGUGCAAGCUCGAGUUUGUUACGUAUCGCAGAGGUAAAGGCUGCGUCGAACUGGGUUUAUAUAUCUACUGAAAUAACAUACUAACGAAAAAUAUUGCUCUUACUUGCAAGUGCUUAGAUCUGCUUAGUUCUGCGCAUGGGAAGGGCACUCGUUUACUGAGACGACUCCACUGAAACCUCCAGUCCUCGACAUGGCUUCGGGAGCCGGGGAUCUGAAGACCCUCAAGGAACCUACACCUUCCUCGGGCUCCGGCAAGGCCAGAGAGGUCGUGGGUUUUUGGGGGACCAGGUUGAAGGUCACGGACGAGGAGCGGGAGGUAAUCACCAUCGGACACGACGGAUACGCGUCCGAGGAGUCAGAGAGACAAAGUACUACUCGCGGAGGAGGCAGUAAGAAGGGGCAAAAUAAGGCGCCUACUUCGGCUGCUGCUACAGGAGGUGCCGGAGGCCCAAAAGCAAACGUCACUCAAAAGGCAGCAACGGGUCCAGCCAAUACCUGGAACGACAAACUCCUGCGGAAAGUAGUCCAGAACGGCCAAUGGAAGAAGGCUGCCUGGCUCCCAGGCAGCGGUCGCCAUAUUAACGAGGGUCGGGACGCCUACGAGCCUUUCACCCACGUGGUCAGAACCAUUCACCUAGAGGACGCUGUGCAGGUUCUGGCCACCGGCAGGAUGGAACCAAAGGGCCUGCUAGUGUUUAGCAGCCUCCAGAGCGGGGCAUUACCCGACGAUCACCCUUGCAAGAACCUGAAGGUGCUUUGGUUCUCAGCACGCUUCAAGAGCGUCAGAGGAGAAGACCCGAACUGGUAUGGGAAUGUUGAGUUUGUCCUUCCAUGCCGCCUUCUCCAGGAGAUGUUCCAGUACUGCUUCUUGGUCGAGAUAGUGACCAAACCCACUCACACAGAUUCCAGGAUUCUACUGACUAACACAGACUACUCUUCAGUGCUGCCUCACUACAACAUCAAGCAGCCUGGAGGGGGUUGGAUGGUGAACCAAGAUGGACACUUGGCCCUGCGUAAGUGCUCCCGCUACAGAUUCAGGGGGACGAACAUGUUUGAUCACGUCUUGGAAUUCAUGCUGGAAGUCAAGGAAGAGGACGAGAAGAAGAUCUUGUCAAGUUGCAAAAUCGACUUCAAGAACCACGAAGACGCCAGAGACACCACGAAGGUCCACGUAUGCAACAGAUACCAGCGCCUGAAGAAGUCCUGUCCGACUCCUUACACAUCCGUGGAAACUGCAGAGGCAUUUCAAAGAGAUCUGAAGGACGUGGGAGUUAUCUGGAAAAAGACAUAUCCAAAAUUGACAAAGCAUGCUAAACGGUGCUUGUCAGAAGCGAAAGAAAACACAAUUGACUGUCCUGAAGCUGAGGCAUAACGGACGAAAUUUAUCUAGUACCGGUAACCUUGUUUCAAUUAAUGAAAUUUGUAUAUGUAAGCAAGCAUUUUUGAAAAAGUUGGUUAUAACUGAUAGUGGGUACCUAAGCCCAAGUAUUGAAAGUGGGUGGCUGAGCUUAAGUAUUAUUGAAAAUGGGUACCUGCCUUUAUGUAUUGUUGAAAACGGAUACCUGAAUUCGGGCAUUGUUGACAAUGGACACCUUACCUUAAGUAUUGUUGAAAAUGGGUAUCAGGGCUCGACUAUUGUUGAAAAUAGGUAUCUGAGCUUACGUAUGGUUGAAAAUAGGUAUCUGGGUUUAACUGUCGAAAAUAGGUACCGGCUUCAGUAUUGUUGAAAAUUGGUACCUGCCAUUAGGUAUUGUUGAAAAUGGAUGCCUGAGUUUGGCCAUUGUUGAAAACAGGCGCCUUUGCUCAAGUAUUGUUGAAAAUAGGCACUUGAGCUUUAUUACUAUUGAAAAUGGGUACCUAAGCAUUAGCAUUACUGAAAACAGGUGGCUAUGAGCGAUUCUUACCGAGAAAAAGUAGCUUUUAGUAGUGUGAUGUAAAAACAGGAUAUCAGGAUAUGAUCAACAUGUGCCUGUUGUACUAGUCUAACUGCAUAUUAACAUCUGAAGCUCCUGAUGUACUGUAGUAAUCUGAGGACUGUAGACUGGAUGACACAAAAAUAUGCACCUGCAAGUAACCCAUCGUCUGAGACUGGAGAGCUAAACUGAGCAGACAUAUCAGUUCAGAGUCUGUCACCUUGACAGGCAGCACAGAAUGCUGUUCAAGGCAUUGUGUGCACUGUUUUUCUCUGUCACCUGAAUACUCUUCAUUUUGUAGUGGAGUGGAUCAAAGAUUAAUUACAUACAUACAUACACACACACACACACACGGGUAUUUAUACUCAGUGGUGGCAUCAACCCAUUCCCACCCUGACAGCCGACAGUGGGUUUGAAACACGAAGCUAUUUAUAAAUGAAUUUUCAUCACACAACUGUGAUAUUCUAUAUAACACAAACAUUAAGCCAGAAAUGUCGUUUAAUAUCAGUUUAUAUAUACCUUUCUGAGUCACUGAAGACGGUUCUCACUGUGUUGUGGAUCGAGUCCGCCAUGUGACAAACCACUCAUCAAUUAUAAUUCCCCUUCAGUUUUAUUUGUGAGGUACAGUGAAUUAGAUAUCAGAAGACAUUUGUAGCUUAAUGUGCGCGAGCAUAAAAUGCCACGGUGAUGUGACAAUAUAUAUACAUAUAUAUAUAUAUAUAUAUAUAUAUAUAUAUAUAUAUAUAAUAUAUAUGCAUAUACAGAGACAUGUUCCUUAAAAUCAUUAGUUUUUCAUCAACUAAAAAGAUAUUUGUAGCUUAAUGUGUGUGAACAUAAAAUGACACGAUGAUGUGACAAUAUAUAU